GUGGAGCGCUUUAAAUAUGCAUGGGCGCGUCACAUCGUGUCAAUCGGGCUUAGUCCGUAGGGAGGGAGUCAGUAUAUAUAUAAAUGUGUCUGAGGUGGGCCGAGAAGGGUUAACAGCCUGGAGGAGAGACACAGAGGUGGGGCAGGGGUCUGCAGCCCGGGUGGUGAUCACAGCCCAGGUUGGCAACGCCGGUGAGUAGCUCCUCUUUACCCGCUCUCGCUCCUUCUAUCAAAGGAGUGCUGGCCUUGGGCGGAGGUGGGAGGUGCCCGCGGAUGCAGGGCGUGAGCGGUCUGUCCGAGGCAGCCCACACCCCGGCGAGGAAAAGUCCUGAGCGCGCAGUCCUCGAGAAAGGCAUGUUCCUUAAGGGCGCAUGGUCACUGCCACCUUCCACUGCCCGUCGGCUUUGAGAGCGAAGUCCUUGCCUGAGGUGGUAACUCUUGGGUUUGGCCCCCAAGCCCCAGGACCUUUCCGGACAGGACAGGUGAGCACUUCGCGCUGCCUGCGCCGCAGCUCUUGCUACCCCUGUGCUCCGAGUGACCAUGUUCCCUUGCGGGCUGAGCUGCCUGUCGGUGCUGGGGGCGGCGGGCACCGCUCUCCUGUGCGCCGGGCUGCUGCUCAGCCUGGCCCAGCACCUAUGGACCCUCCGCUGGAAGCUGAGUCGAGACCGGGCCUCCGCCCUGCCCCUGCCCAAGGGCUCCAUGGGCUGGCCCUUCUUCGGCGAAACGCUGCACUGGUUAGUUCAGGGUUCGCGCUUCCACAGCUCCCGCCGAGAGCGCUACGGGACAGUGUUCAAGACGCACCUGCUGGGCAGGCCGGUGAUCCGCGUGAGCGGCGCUGAGAACGUGCGCACAAUCCUGCUGGGCGAGCAUCGCCUUGUGCGCAGCCAGUGGCCGCAGAGCGCGCACAUCCUGCUGGGCUCGCACACACUGCUCGGCGCGGUCGGUGAGCCACACCGGCAGCGGCGCAAGGUCCUGGCACGAGUGUUUAGCCGCGGGGCCCUGGAGCGCUACGUGCCCCGCCUGCAGGAGGCACUGCGGUGUGAGGUGCGCUCCUGGUGCGCAACUCGAGGGCCAGUUGAGGUCUACGAGGCCACCAAAGCCCUCACCUUUCGAAUGGCCGCGCUCAUUUUAUUGGGGCUACGGCUGGAUAAGGCGCAGUGCACGGAGCUGGCCCGGACCUUCGAGCAGUUCGUGGAGAACCUCUUCUCUCUGCCUCUGGACUUUCCCUUCAGCGGCCUGCGCAAGGGCAUCCGGGCACGGGACCAGCUGCAUCAGCACCUGGAGGAGGCCAUUGCAGAGAAACUUCAUGAAGACCAGGCUGGGGAGCCAGAUGACGCCUUGGCCAUGAUUAUCCACAGCACUAGGGAGCUGGGCCAUGAGCUUUCAGUGCAGGAGCUGAAGGAGUCCGCUGUGGAGCUCCUCUUUGCUGCCUUUUUCACCACCGCCAGUGCCAGCACGUCCCUGGUCCUGCUGCUACUGCAGCACCCUGCAGCCAUCACCAAGAUCCAGCAGGAGCUAGCGGUGCACGGGCUGGGGUGCGCGUGCAGCUGCAAGCCAGGGGCUGCAGGGGAUGGCGCGGGGCCCUGGCCGGACUGCAGCUGCGAGCCCGACCUCAACCUCGCGGCGCUGGGCCGUCUGCGCUAUGUCGACUGCGUGGUCAAGGAGGUGCUGCGCCUCCUGCCGCCGGUGUCCGGGGGCUACCGCACAGCGCUUCGUACCUUCGAGCUCGAUGGUUACCAGAUCCCCAAGGGCUGGAGCGUGAUGUAUAGCAUCCGGGACACGCACGAGACCGCUGCGGUGUACCGCAGCCCACCCGAGGGCUUCGACCCCGAGCGCUUCGGCGCGGCGGGCGAGGAUGCGCGGGGCCCCUCUGGCCGCUUCCAUUACAUCCCAUUCGGCGGCGGUGCGCGCAGCUGUCUCGGCCAGGAGCUGGCGCAGGCCGUGCUCCAGCUGCUAGCGGUGGAGCUGGUGCGCACGGCGCGCUGGGAACUGGCCACGCCUGACUUCCCCGCCAUGCAGACCGUGCCCAUCGUGCACCCAGUGGACGGGCUACGGCUCUUUUUCCACCGGCUCGCGCCUUCGGCAGCGCGAGAUGGACUACGCCUGUGACCCCCUGUACUGCAGGACAUGACUUGGCCAAUGACUUUGGUGCACUCACAGCGCCACCCAUCUGCGGUUCCUCAGUGUCAGGUCGGUGCUCGCUCACUCGUUCAACGAACGGUCACCGAAUGAGUGAGUCUCUGUGCCAGACUCUGAGGGAGGGGGAGUGCGAGCCACCGUCAAGGCACCACAGAAGCGCCCUGGCCAGUGAGAAGGUGCCUCUUGUGAGCUUGGCGCCUUGAGGAAGGAAAGGUCGUGGGCCAACCCUCAUAAACCCUUCCCAGGAUCCCGAAACGGGUGGAAGAAACAGAACUCCGUUAGAAGCUACGCGGCCUCGCCUUUUCGCGCCAAAUCUGGGAGGGUGGAUGGAUGGUGGGCGGCGGGGAGGAUUGCGUCUUGUGGACCGUGCCAGAGACCCACCUCACACGGCCGUACCUGCAACCCUUGCAAGGAAGCGGAGACGCCCGGAGCGCAUCCCUUGCCUGGCUUUGGGCCAUAG